UCAAAGAUCUGCCAGCAAGGUAGAUGAGGAGGGACUGGAGCUUGCGGUGUGUCGGCAUGGAGUGCUGCUGUGUGCUUUAAAUAUGUACAGGGGAGAAAUUUUUGCAUAUCCCCUGUACCUAUAAGAAAAACUGGCCAGUAGGCAAAUCACUUUUUUUUGUAUGGAUGUGACCUGCAAAUAUUGGCCGUACCUCGAAAGAGUUGCAAAAAGCUGCCCAGAGCUCCAGCACCUUCUUAACAUGAAGCCCUUCCUUUCAGUUUUCCAUGCCAAAGCUCAUGAUUUUAAAUGCGAGGUGAAAUGGAGUGGGGCAUAUCAGGAUGGUGCUGGUUUAACACUAGGGGAGGAGGUGGAACAGUGCAAUGCAUUUCUCUCUAGGAUUGCAGUGACCACAAAACACAUGUCCAAAGCAGGACGCACAGACAUGCUGACUCUCAUGGCCAUGCGCUGGAAUCAGCAAAAGUUCAACAAUUUGGCCACCACACUGACCCGUCGAUAUCAGAAAACCACAAAAGCUUUACAAAGCCAGGUGCAAAACCUGGAAUCCCUAAAAGUCGAACUGGCAGUAACAGAGAGCCAGUUGGAAGAUUGGGUCAAUGAUGUAAAGGAGUGGGCAGACGCAACAACAACAACAGCCACAAAUGAUGUUGAUGCCUUGGCCAGCCGAAUUGAGGUGCUGGUGGCAAGUGUCAAGAGGCGUUCACAGCGUCUCUAUAAAGAUACAGAUGGCAACAAAGGUCGUGCCAGGAUCCGCCGCAAGAUAAGGGAGGAAAAGGCGAUUCUGACAUCAGUUGUAGAAAAAUACAACAGAAUGGUUCCAAACACAGACACUCUGUGCUUGGAAACCAUUUUGUCUGGUGAGACAGCUUGGCCAUGGCAGCUGCCACACAGUGACUCUGUUGACCUAAGGACAAAAAGAAAGGCAUUUGACAUUAUCAUGUCAGUAAGACGUCUUCAGGAGGAGCAGAAGAUUCUUGUUGCAGAGAUGGACCACCAUUGGAAAUAUCUUUCAACACGUGCUGAGACCCUCAGAGAACUGUCCUGCUUGUUUGCCUCUGAGACACUGAAAAAUUCGCAAUGUGGCCUCAGUGAAGAGGGUUUAAAAGGUCUGCAGAGCAUCAUCCACAGAAAGCUGCAUAAAAUCAGAGCUAUGCGGGUGCAAGCAAGAGAGUGUUACCUGAAAGUUUUGUCUGGAGCAGAGAACUUCUUAAACCUGUCAUCAGCUGAUGACAGUGACAGUGACUUCGAAAUUUCUGGUGACGAACUGUAAUCAACAUUCAUUCAUUCAUUCUUUUCUUUUUGGCUUAGUCCCUUUAUUAAUCAGGUGUCGCCACAGCAGAAUGAACCGCCAUCUUAUCCAGCAUAUGUUUUACGCAGCGGAUGCCUUUUCAGCUGCAACCCAUCACUGGGAAACACUCAUACACUCUUACAUUCACACACACACAUACACUAUGGACAAAUUUUUUUACCUUACCCA